AUGAUGACCUUAAGUCUUUCCAAUAAUUCUCACCUCUUUUCACAUACUUUCCUCUUGGCUGGCAUUCCAGGGCCGAGUGCUGCCCACAUUUGGAUCUCAGCUCCCUUCUGCUUCAUGUUUUUUCUGGCACGGACUGGAAACGGUGCCUUGCUUUUGCUCAUCUGGACGGAACAUAGGCUUCAUCAGCCCAUGUUUUUGUUUCUUGCCAUGCUCUGUUUUGUGGACCUGGUCCACUCUCUCUCCACUGUGCCCAAGAUGCUGGCCAUUUUCUGGUUUGGUGCUACAGCUAUCAGCUCCCACGCUUGUCUUUCCCAGAUGUUUGUCAUCCACGCCUUCUCUGCCAUGGAAUCUGGGGUGCUGGUGGCCAUGGCCUUGGAUCGCUUUGUGGCUAUCUGUAACCCUUUGCACUAUACAGCCAUCCUAACCCCAGCUGUUGGCACCAAGAUUGGAGGCCUGGUGGUGCUGCAAGGUGUGGGACUGACCGUUUUCUUUCCAAGUCUGGCUCAUCGGCUGCCCUACUGUGGCUCACACACAAUUAAUCAUACCUACUGUGAGCAUAUGGCAAUAGUGAAGCUGGCCUGUGGCACCACAACUGUGGACAACAUCUAUGCCUUUGCCGUGGCAAUCUUUCUUGGUGUAGGGGACAUGGCCUUUAUCGCCUACUCUUAUGUGCAGAUUGUGAAGACAGUGAUGUGUCUGCCUUCUCCUGAGGCGCGUGCUAAAGCAGGCAGUACAUGUACAGCCCAUGUCUGUGUCAUCCUUUUUUUCUAUGGGCCAGGCUUUCUUUCUGUGGUUGUGUAGAGUUUUGGGCCACACACAGCCUCUGAUGCCAAAGUCAUCCUUGCCAACCUCUACUUGCUUCUGCCUCCUGCCUUGGAUCCCAUUGUCUAUGGAGUCAACACCAAGCAGAUUCGAGAGCGGCUGUUCACACUUCUGUGCACUGCACAUAUUGAACCCACUUGA